UCACUCGCCGGUCUAAAAUAGAAUUACUCUAAAUCAAAUAUGUAAGAUUUAAACUAAUAAGAAUGGAGACGUGUACUUUUUAACUGAACAGGAAAGGAUAUUAGUAAUUAUAAAUUUGAAUCAAAAAUAAUAAACAUAGGGUUGAGCAAUAUGUAAUGAAGUUGACAAACAAACACGUGGCAGUCGGUAAAGCUAAGACUAAGGACCCACCAUACAGCAGCACCACCACCACCCCCCCACCCCUUAGUGCUCUUCACGUCUGCAAAUUUUUAAAAUGUUGCUGUCUCUUUCUUUCUCUCCACCGGCAUUUCGAAGAUUUCAUAACUACGUAAUCAUCCCUCAUCCCCCCCAAAAAAAGGGGAAAAAGAACCCUUAAAAGGAAGCAUCAGUGGCAGACAGAGAGAUGACAAUAGUUAGUUAAUAGUUACAGUUUUCACUGAGACAAAAGAAACCAAGACAGAAAGACAUUUUAUAUAAAUCAUGAAACGAAAUGAGUUUUUUUUUUUUUUUUUUUUGCAAAUAUGAAAACUGAAACUACAGGUUGUCAAAUCUUUAAAAAUCUUAGGUCUCUCGCAUUUUUAGGACUUAAGGGGUUUUUUUGUUUGUUUUAAUGAUAUUAUCAAUUCAUUAUUUAUUUAUGUCUAUUUUUAGAUUUUCCAUUGUUACCAACCCUCUGUUUCUUGCAAAUUUGUAGUGUCUUCUUUAACUAUGCAACAAAAUAAUAUUUGAUUUUCUUUUUUCUUAAAAAAUUUAUUUGGAAAUCAUAAAAGACACACCUGUAACCCAGAAAGGCCGGCCAGAAUUCCUGCAUAAGAUAUUGGAUAUUAUUUUAUUUUUUAAUUUUUUUUAAAAUUUUUCUGUUAUUAUUAUUUGUAAAAUUCUUUCUUGAAAAAAAAAAAAAUAAAAAGAAAAGAAAAAAUUAAAAUAUAAUCUUUAUGUUCAAUGCUUGGAUUCUGGUCUGGGUUUUGAUUUUCUUGUCUUUGUCUUGAUUGCUAACACUAUUACCAUAUAAUUAUUAUUAUUAUUUUUUUACAUUCACUUUCCUUUCUGGUGCCAUUGUUCUUGAAUUGAAUUCAAUUCUUGUGUCUUGAUUGAUUUCUUUCCCUUCUUGAUUUUCAAGAUUGAGGUUCUGUUUUGCUAGCUGGGUUUCAUUUCCUAACAAGGUCCAUAUCUAUUUAAGAAGAGAACAUCUUGGUUUCAGGAAAUCAUUUUGAAAGAUAGUUGUGAUAAUGCUCCAAUGAUUUAGGAGAUGAUACAAUUGGGUUCCCAGCAUAAAUGUGGGGAAACCCUUUUGGUUGAUGAUAUUGGUGUUGAAAUGUAUUGAGGUAUUCUUGUUUGGCAACACGGAUUUUGGGGUGAGAUUAUGGGCUGCAUCUGCUCCAAAGGAGCUGCAGAUGAAGAAGUACAUGAUAAUGAAAAUGAGAGACAGAAAGAGAAUGAAUUUGACAAAUCAUCGGUACAAUUGGUUGCUCCAGUUCACUCCAAGAAAGGGGAUGAUUUUGUAGUAGAUCACGGGAGGAAAGAUGGUUCUGGACGUAAUGUUUCAAAGGCAAAUGCAGGGGCUGCUAUUGUUCCAUUGGAUGGUGGAGAAAAGAAUGCUCACUUUGUUGAUGCAUCUUCCAGAGGCCGUCAUCAUCAGAGACGGGCAACAAUGGAUUUGGGGUCUAGUGGAAGUCAGCAGCAUCAUGGGUUUAGGCUAACUGCCCUGCCUCUUGCUGCUGAAAAUGAGCUUAUCAUUGCAGGAUGGCCACAAUGGUUAACCUCAGCUGCUGGUGAAGCCAUCAAAGGUUCGGUGCCUCUGCGAGCAGAUUCAUAUGAGAAACUAGAAAAGAUUGGACAAGGAACUUAUAGCAGUGUGUAUAAGGCUCGUGAGCUUGACACUGGGAAAAUUGUUGCAAUGAAGAAGGUUCGCUUUAUGAAUAUGGAUCCGGAAAGCGUCCGAUUUAUGGCUAGAGAAAUCCACAUUUUGCGUAAACUUGACCAUCCAAAUGUUAUGAAGCUUGAAGGUAUAGUCACUUCGAGGAUGUCUGGGAGCUUGUACCUUGUCUUCCAGUAUAUGGAGCAUGACCUUGCUGGGCUUGCAGCAAAACCUGGCAUUAAAUUUAGCGAAUCUCAGAUUAAAUGUUACAUGCAACAACUUCUUCAUGGGCUUGAACACUGCCAUAGUCGGGGUGUAUUACACCGAGACAUCAAAGGUUCAAAUCUACUUAUUGAUGAUAAAGGAGUACUCAAGAUUGGAGACUUUGGCCUAGCAACACUUUACCAGCCUGAUCAAAAUCAAGCAUUAACAAGCCGUGUUGUAACUCUCUGGUAUAGGGCACCUGAGCUCUUACUUGGAGCUACAGAAUAUGGAGUUGCUAUAGAUAUGUGGAGUGUUGGUUGCAUUCUUGCUGAAUUAUUUGCAGGGAAGCCUAUUAUGCCAGGAAGAACAGAGGUAGAGCAAAUGCAUAAGAUUUUUAAGCUUUGUGGUUCACCCUCUGAAGACUAUUGGCAAAAAACAAAACUGCCCCAUGCAACAAGUUUCAAACCUCAACUGUCUUACAAACGUUGUGUUGCGGAAACAUUCAAAAACAUCCCUCCUUCAGCUUUGUCCCUUGUUGAUAAGCUACUCUCAAUGGAACCAGAAGCUCGGGGAUCAGCAACUUCAGCUCUGAGCAGCGAGUUCUUCAAUAGAGAGCCCUUCCCUUGCGAUCCAUCAUGUCUACCAAAAUAUCCUCCAUCUAAGGAGCUUGAUGCAAAGGUUCGAGAAGAAGAAGCAAGAAGGAAAAGAGAAGAGGCAGGAAAAGUACGUGGAGCUGAAUCUGUUAGAAGAGGUUCAAGAGACCUUAAGGCAGAGUCACCAGAAUUCAUUCCUCAGGGACAGACAAAAACCACAAGCACAAGUUAUAAAUAUGAUAUCCAGGAGGAUGGUGGUUCUGGUUUCCGAAUUGAACCUCCCAGAGGAGCUAAACAUCUUGUUAUCUCUCAGUGUAGUUCCAUGAUUCACCCUUGUGCAGUACAAUCUUCAAUAAAUAAGAAUGUAGGCUCUUCAAGACAUAAUAAUAUGGAAUCAAGGACAGAGAAAUCUCACAAACCUCAGGCUGCCAUAGACGUCUCUAUCUCCUCUAUCAAGAAGGAUGAAAGAGUGCAUGCCAAAGAUAACAACUUGGGGUAUGUUCGCAGGAAAAACAGGAUCAACUACUCAGGACCAUUGCUGCCUCCAGGGGGAAACAUUGAGGAAAUACUCAAAGAACAUGAGAGACAAAUCCAACAUGCUGUCCGCAAAGCACGACUUGAGAAGUCAGGCACCAAAAGUAACCUUGAUGGUUAGAGUCAGCUGCAUUAUCAUGGAGUGGGUAAUUGUCAAAUGUUCAGACUCUGCCACCUUGCAAGGAAUGAUCCUUGUGGUGUCACAUUUCCUCACCUGCAGAACCAAUUGCAGAUCAGCAGUACAGAAAGCUUAAUCCUACUUGCGACCGUUACGAGGGAGACAUAACAUGCAUUGCUGGCUAUGACUAAGAUAUAGCUGAUUGUACUCGAGUUCAGAAUGUGAGAAAUUCUUUUGCAGUGAACUUCUUUUCUUCUUUUCUCUGAGAAUAGAAAACGGAGUGGGGAAUUUCUUUUUGUUAGGACACCUGAAUGGUGGGGAAUUUGCUCUGUACAGUGGAUAGGGCCUGUCGGGUAGUGGCUACUGCAUAUCAUACAUUGUAAAGUGUAAAAUUGCUUCUUUUUCUUGUCAGUCGGUGUAUUUCAAAGAUGGGAACAACUGAUUCUCAAUGUGCAUAUUCUGGUUCGAGUCAAUGAGUAUAGUUUGAAGCAUCCUAACUUAGUAAAGAUGUGGGAACUAAUGAGAUCACAUAUUAGUAGGAAUCGUCAAUGGAUUAUCAAGAUGAUAUUGAUCUUUGGAUCAUUAGAUUACUAAUUCUGGAUUAAAUACAUGCAGUCUGUGAGGCACAGGCACACAGGCCUGUAAUGGGCUUGCAAUGAAGAGUUUGGUAA